AUGUCCGAGACCUCCUCGACACCACAAGGCGAAUCAAGCAGCCAACACGGAUCAGCGCAGCCGUUGAAUCGCUCCUGUGAGUCCUGUCGAAGUCUGAAGGUCCGCUGUCUACCAAGUCCGUCGACGCCAAACCAGUGCCAGCGAUGCGCUAAGGGGAAGAGACCUUGUGUGUUUGUGGCACCUCAAAGGCGGCGGCCGCGCAAGCGGACGGACUCACGGGUCGCACAGUUGGAGAAGGAGAUGCGGGUGAUGCGCUCGCUGUUGAAGAAUCGUAUCCCCGAAGAGGAAGAGCCGGAGUCCGGCGAGGACAGCAACGGGGAAGACGACCACGAUUCAACUGAUAUGGACAUGAAAAGUGGUCUCGACUUGCGAGACCAUUCUGCUCACCCGUCUGAGGAUGCCCGGUAUAUGGACUACUCUCCAGAACUGAUGAAAGGCACGCAUGAGAGUGGUGCAUUUUCGGCACCGCCUGCCUUCGCCGGCAUGCCGGCUGGCUUUGAGGCCGAGCAGGGAACGGUCCAGCCUGUGGAGGACGUGAUCGAUCGGGGGAUUAUCUCGCUCGAAGACGCGGAGCAAUUGGUGGCAUAUUACAUCCACGAGCUUGCAUCAUUCUUCCCAUUAGUUGUCUUGCCAUCAAACACCACGGCAGCCCAACUGCGACAAACAAAGCCAAUUCUGUUCCUCUCGGUGAUUGCCGCAACAUCCAUCACGGUUGACGCAGGAUUGGCAGCGGUGCUGAACCGCGAGAUGAUUCGCCUGUAUGCAGAGCGGUUCUUCAUUCAGGGUGAAAAGUCACUAGAGUUAGUGCAGGCGCUGCUGCUGAUGAUCAUCUUCUACCUCCCGCCCACCUCCCCAUUGAAGCUGCAGCUGUAUCAGUACACCCACAUUGCCUCGACGAUGGCACUGGAGAUUGGGUUAGCAAACAAACGGCGUGUGUCGAAGAAACCCGACCGCAAGCGCAGCAGACAGGAGCCACACGACGAGCUGCUGGCCGAGCAGGCACGAGCAGUCCUCGGCUGCUACCAUCUCGGCUCGAGUGUUGCGAUGAAGACACGUCGACCAAACUUGCUCCAGUUCAAUGACUGGAUGGCCGAGUGUCUCAAGCACCUGGAACACUCACCACACCGAUCGGAUCGACAUCUGGCGGUCUGGUUUGAGCUUCAACGGAUAACCGAUGAAGCAAUGUCCUCAUUUGGUCUGGACGAUACCAGCACCACAUCACCACUGACCGAGUCACGGGUGCAAGCCGUAUUGCGCUGGUUCGAUAAGCGGAUCGAGACGUGGAAGAACAGCAUCCCUUCGGACCUGAUGACCGUCCCCCUAAUCCUCGAAUACCGCUCCACAACACUAGCCAUGUACGAACUCGGCGUGGGAGAAGGAUACCGCGACCCAGACGCCUUCAAACGCCGAUACUUCACGCUGCCAACGCUCGACGAAGAAGGCAACGACAGCAACAACCAAGCGCCAGACUGCCCCCUCAGCGCAAUUCGGAUCGACAUCAACAUGAAAUGGAUGAACGCCGCGCAAGAACUGCUAGACGCCGUGCUGGCAUGCAGCACAGACACACUGCGUAAACUCCCAAAUCUCACAUACACCCGGUUCGGGAUGGCCGUAACAUCGCUGCUGAAAAUCCACUUCUCUGUGCGCACCGGUGCUCUCGGAGAAGUGGUCACUCCACAGACAGUGAACGUGGCCUAUUACCUCGAAGCCCUAGCAAUCAAAUUGAGUGGCGCAAGCGACGGAGGCAAAUACAACAUCCCAACCCGAUGGUAUCAAGUCGUGGGCGUGAGGGGCAAGGACUGGUAUGACCGCCUGGAGCGACGAUACAGCCUGGGGCCAGAGAAUAGUGUCGGUGUCGUAUCAGGGAGUCCGUCGACCGGCACCGUAGACUCGAUGUCGGUUCCAGGAUCAGGAGCUGCGUCUCAGCCUUUCCAGACCCAAGGCCAGGGCCAAGGUAUCGUACCAGACACACACAUGGCCCAAGUGACACCCUCGACGAUGGACUCGUACUCAGUUCCCGUUCCUGUUCCCCCAAUGGCACCGGGAAUGGACACCAUGCGCGACGGAUACGUUGCGAUGAACAGUGGAGGCAUGUGGCCGAUGGACAGCCAGGGCCAUAACGCACAUUACUUCCACAGCAUGAACACAGCGGGAUAUCAGCCUUCGCCAUCACAUCCGCAGGCAGGGUUACCGCAGUUCGGAUACGAGCAGCAGCGCAUGCCUCCUAUGCAGCAUAUGGCUCGCGCGGGGAUGGAGUUGGAUGGGUGGAUUCCUGAUGGGAGUAUCUUUGGGAUGCCGCCGUUGCCUGAGUUCUGA